UGUUAUUGAUCUUCUUACUGGUAUACAGAUGUACUCAUUUUAAUUUAAUUUUUAGAUCUUCCAGAAGUUUGCUAAAUUAUAUAACAAUGCCUUUGAGAAAAUCAAGAUCGAGUGCUGUUGAGAAAGCCUUGUCUCCUGAAGAACAGCAAGCAAAGAUAAAUGAAGUUCGAAGGAUGAUUGGUCCAUUGUCGGAAGCACUGCCAGACUUCUGUUCAGAUGUUUCAAUAUCAAGGUACCUCCGGUCAAGAAACUGGAAUGCAGAAAAGGCAAGUAAAAUGCUGAAAGAGACUGUGAAAUGGAGAUUGAAAUACAAGCCAGAAGCCAUUCGCUGGGUAUGGGUAGAGUUCUUUAUGUUCUUGAAGAACUGUAGUUUAACACAAAAGGAAGGGAAGCUCUCAUCAACUGAGUCUACAGUGAGGAAGGCAGAGGAUGUGGUGAGCAGCAUGCUGGCCAAGGGUUUUGUCCCGAGCAAGGAUGCCCUCAAGAGAGCAAUCCUAGGAUAG